AGCUGCCACUUCCUGGAGCUGCCGGCCGGGGCCGCUCGUUGCAUUCAGCGCUGGAGCCGGGAGCCCGCGGCCGCCGCCAUGUCCCACCAGACCGGCAUCCAAGCAAGUGAAGAUGUUAAAGAUAUCUUUGCCAGAGCCAGAAAUGGAAAAUACAGACUUCUGAAAAUAUCUAUUGAAAAUGAACAACUUGUGAUUGGAUCAUGUAGUCAGCCUUCAGAUUCCUGGGAUAAAGAUUAUGAUUCCUUUAUUUUACCUCUGUUGGAGGACAAGCAGCCAUGCUAUAUAUUAUUCAGGUUAGAUUCCCAGAAUGCUCAGGGAUAUGAAUGGAUAUUCAUUGCAUGGUCUCCAGAUCAUUCUCAUGUUCGGCAAAAAAUGUUGUAUGCAGCAACAAGAGCAACUUUAAAAAAGGAGUUUGGAGGUGGCCACAUUAAAGAUGAAGUAUUUGGAACAGUAAAGGAAGAUGUGUCAUUACAUGGAUAUAAAAAAUACUUGCUGUCACAGUCUUCCCCUGCCCCAUUGACUGCAGCUGAGGAGGAAUUACGACAGAUUAAAAUUAAUGAGGUACAAACUGAUGUGGGUGUGGACACUAAGCAUCAAACACUACAAGGAGUAGCAUUUCCUAUUUCUCGGGAAGCUUUCCAGGCUUUGGAAAAACUAAACAACAGACAGCUCAACUAUGUGCAGUUGGAAAUAGAUAUAAAAAAUGAAUUUAUAAUUUUGGCCAACACAACAAAUACAGAACUGAAAGAUUUGCCAAAGAGGAUUCCCAAGGAUUCAGCACGUUAUCAUUUCUUCCUGUAUAAACAUUCCCAUGAAGGAGACUACUUAGAGUCCAUAGUUUUUAUUUAUUCAAUGCCUGGAUACACAUGCAGUAUAAGAGAACGGAUGCUAUACUCUAGCUGCAAGAGUCCUCUGCUAGAAAUUGUCGAGAGACAGCUACAAAUGGAUAUAAUCAGAAAGAUUGAGAUAGACAAUGGGGAUGAAUUGACUGCAGAUUUCCUUUAUGAGGAAGUACAUCCCAAACAGCAUGCACAUAAGCAAAGUUUUGCAAAACCAAAAGGUCCAGCAGGAAAAAGAGGAAUUCGAAGACUAAUUCGGGGUCCAGCUGAAACGGAAGCCACUACUGAUUAAAAUUGUUAUAUUAAGCAUUGCAAUACUAGUUUUUUAAAAGUACAGCUUUUAGUACGGGGGAACUGAAAUCAUUCCAUGUUGAUAUAUGGUAGGGAGAAAAAU